AAUGUGGAUAUUCAAUGUAAGCCAUAGAAAAAUGGCUUCUGCCUAUAUCUUUGGAGAUCUGAAAAAAGGGAUAAGCUAUAGAAAAAUGAAUGGAAGCUCUUGCCUAUCUUUUUGUGUACUCUUUAUUACUCUCCCUCUUAAGAAGCUCUAUUACACUAGACACCAUUACCCCAAGUCAACCAAUCAGAGACGGCGACACUUUAGUUUCAGCUGAUCGAAGUUUUCAAUUGGGAUUCUUCAGCCCAGCUAGUUCAAAGAGUCGAUAUAUGGGAAUAUGGUACUUAGUAUCUUCUGAAAUUGUUGUAUGGGUAGCCAACAGAGACACUCCGCUUAACGAUCACUUAGGAGUCUUAAGGAUCACUUAUGAGGGAGUUCUUGUCCUUCUCAACAGCACAAAUAGUACUGUUUGGUCGUCUAAUACAUCAAGGACUCCAGAAAUUCCAGUUGCACAGCUCUUGGAUACUGGAAAUCUAGUUGUGAAAGAUGGAAACUUUGAUGACCCAGGUAAUUUUUUGUGGCAAAGUUUUGACCAUCCUUGUGACACGCUCCUACCAGAAAUGAAACUUGGAAAGAACUUAGUAACCGGUCUAGAGAGGUUUCUAUCAUCUUGGAAGAGCAUAGAAGAUCCUGCUCAAGGUGUAUUUUCCGUAAGGAUAGAUCCUCGUGGGCUUCCACAGUUCGUUGUUAUGGAGGGGGCCGCAAUCAAGUAUCGAGUGGGCCCAUGGAAUGGCCUUACAUUUUCGGGGAAUCCUGCAUUAAGACCGAAUCCGAUAUUUAAUUAUACGUUUGUGUUAAAUGAGAAUGAGGUCUAUUAUGAGAACAGUCUCCUAAACAGUUCAGUUUUUUCAAGAUUUGUACUGAAUCCAUCAGGCAUAGCCGAACGCUUCACAUGGAUAGAUCGGACACACAGUUGGCAGCGAUUCCUUGCAGGCCAGUUGGAUCAGUGUGAAAAUUAUGGCUUCUGUGGUGCCUAUACUACCUGCAAUCCCAAUAACUCCCCAAUAUGUGCAUGCUUUGAGGGAUUCGAACCCAAAUCUGAAAGAAACUGGAAUUCAAAUGAUUGGUCCGAUGGGUGUGUUCGGAGGACUCCAUUGGAAUGCAAUGAUGGAGAUGGCUUCUUGAAAUGGACGAAGUUGAAAUUGCCUGACACAUCUUCCUCCUGGUAUAACAAGACUACCAACCUCAAGGAAUGUGGGGGAUUGUGUUUAAAAAACUGCUCUUGCACAGCAUAUUCAAAUCUAGAUGUUAGGGGAGAGGGAAGUGGCUGCUUGCUUUGGUUUGGUAGCCUGACUGAUAUUAGAGUAUUCUCCGAGGGUGGACAAGAGCUAUAUUUAAAGCUGGCCAAAUCAGAACUAGAUCGAAUAGAGAAAAAGAAGCAACCGAGCAAGAUAAAGCAAGCAUCAAUCAUAGGCUCUGUCAUAUUAGUCACUGGAAUUAUAAUACUUGGAGUGAUCGCAUAUAUACGGAAGAACAGACUACAUUCCAAAGGAAUGAGCAAAAGAAUCGACAAGAAAGAUUGGGACAAUGAAGGCUGGAACGAAGAUAUGGAGUUACCGACAUUUGAUUUGACUGCCAUAGCUAAUGCAACCGAUAACUUUUCAAGCAACAACAAGCUUGGGGAAGGUGGCUUUGGACCUGUCUACAAGGGUACACUAGAUGGGCAAGUGAUAGCAGUAAAGAGGCUUUCAAAGAAUUCAGGACAAGGAUCAAAAGAGUUCAAAAAUGAAGUUCAAUCUAUUGCCAGACUUCAGCACCGCAAUCUCGUGAAGCUUCUCGGGUGUUGCAUUCAAGAAGAUGAAAAAAUGUUGGUCUACGAAUACAUGCCUAACAAAAGCUUGGACUUCUUUAUUUUCGAUCAGACGAAGAGUAAAUUACUAGACUGGCUUACGCGCAUGAACAUCAUUGGGGGGAUUGCAAGAGGACUUCUCUAUCUUCAUGAAGACUCUAGGCUGAGAAUUAUCCAUAGAGAUCUCAAAGCUAGCAAUAUCUUACUAGAUAACAACAUGAAUCCAAAAAUUUCAGACUUUGGCCUGGCUAGAUCAUUUGGGGGAGAUGAAGUGGAGUGCAUGACCAAUAGGAUUGUUGGAACAUAUGGUUAUAUGUCUCCUGAGUAUGCGGUGCAUGGGCAGUACUCAAUAAAAUCAGAUGUAUUUAGCUUUGGAGUUUUAGUGCUAGAGAUCGUAAGUGGGAAGAAGAACAGGGGAUUCUGUGAUCCAGACCACAACCUUAAUCUUCUUGGACAUGCAUGGAGACUUUGGGUUGAAGACAGGCCAAUGGGACUGGUAGAUGAAUCCGUAGGCGAAUCCAUUAGUCAAUCUGAAGUGUUAAGAUGCAUUCAGGUGGGUUUGUUAUGUGUGCAACAUAAUCCAGAAGAUAGACCAAACAUGUCAUCUGUGCUUCUCAUGUUGAGUAGUGAGAGUUUACUGCAUAAGCCAAGGCAGCCAGGUUUCUAUACAGAUUCACGGAGGACGGAUUAUUCAUCUAGUGAGCAUGCAACUUAUUCUGCCAAUGAAAUCAGCACUACGUCGUUUGGCCCACGGUGAGUAUCACUAGUUGGAGCAGAAGGGGAGAGGGUUCUUCUGAGAUUUAUGUAGUAAUAAAUUCAACGUAUAUAUUUAAUCAAGGAAAAAAGUUUUUCUAGCUACAGCUCUUUUGUGUUAAGAUAUGACUUAGAUAAUUAAAUUUGUAUAUUCUUGAGUUUAACAUAUUAUUAGAGCUGAAGUUCGAAUAUUCAACUCUACACUUCAUAUUUAUUAAAUUUACCUCUUUGCAUCGUUAAAGUGA